ACUUUUAAUAUAACCAAGUAGCGAAUAGUAUACGGUAAUUUAGUCUUCAUAAAACAUGCACAAUGUCGUUAUACUUCACAGAAUUCAAACAUUCGACAAUGUAGUGUGCGUAGAAGUGAGAGUAAAUGGAUAAGUGUGCGUGUUAUAUUUAAAAUGCUUAUAAAUAAUCUUAAAUGUUUUACGUUCCUUAUUUUAUUUAUUCCGCUGUUCAAUUUUGGAUUCGUCUUGUGCAUUUUAUUUUCAGAAAUACCUAAAUUUGGAAACUUGAUGAAAAACGUUACCGUAACUGUGGGACGAGAUACCGUCUUGACUUGCGUUGUAGAAAAUUUAUCAACUUUUAAAGUAGCUUGGUUAAGAGUCGAUACGCAAACCAUUUUAACAAUUCAAAAUCACGUCAUCACAAAAAAUCAUCGAAUAGCGGUAUCAAAUAGUGACCAGCAAGUAUGGAGAUUGCACAUAAAAGAUGUACGAAUCGGUGACAGGGGACCGUACAUGUGUCAAAUCAAUACUGAUCCGAUGAAAAGCCAAACAGCAUACAUAGAAGUUGUUGCGCCUCCAGAUAUUUUGGAUUAUCCGACUAGUUCAGAUGUGAUAAUUGGCGAAGGAAGCAACGUUACUUUACAAUGUGCCGCCGAUGGUUCCCCAACUCCACUGAUUACUUGGAGACGUGAAGAUGGGUCGGAAAUAUUCUUAGAUCAAGUUCCUAAUAAAGCAUUUAUUGUCAAGAAUGAUAUGUUAACGUUAUUGAGGGUGGACUGGAGGCAUUCGGGAAUAUAUUUAUGUAUAGCAUCGAAUGGAGUUCCACCAACAGUUAGUAAACGAAUAUCCGUACUUGUUCAGUAUGCACCAAAAAUAUAUAUUAGAAACCAACUGAUCGGAAGUUACAUCGGAAAAUCAUUGACUUUGGAAUGUGAAACGGAGGCAUAUCCGAAACCAAUUUAUUACUGGACCUCAAGCAAUGGACAGUUAAUAACAGAUGGUGAAAAAUACGAAACCGUUUUUCAGAAUAACAUGUAUAGAAUUAGCAUGAAAUUAUUCAUAAAAGAAGUGACGGAAUCAAGUUUUGGUGUGUAUCAAUGUAUAUCAAAAAAUCCACUAGGGACUUCCGAAGGGAUCAUCAAAGUCUAUCCUUUAGAAGAAGGUUGGAUUUGGAAAUCUACAAUAAAACCACAUAGUUUUAUCAAUAACACCGUUGAAGCUUCCAUUUCAGUUUCACAACCAAUUUUCCGGCUAAAUAGUAUAAUUUUAUUUACCGGUGUAUUUAUUUCAAUUAAUUUGUUCAUAAUGAAACGAUAACAGUGGAUGAAAAUGGAACUGUUUUCCAUUCAUUUGUCAAAAAGGAAAUUUUGUAUUUAUUUUGUGUGUUUUAAGCUAAGCUAAAAACCUUUUACCAACUCAAAGGUACACCUCAUUACGUAUAAUAAGGAUUUUUUAAAGUAACUUUUUCAAUGCCUACCUAUUAAAUUUGUAUCUACGUAUUUUGGGCUUCGAUAAAUAAAUAAAAUAAUGACUAAAUUUUAGGUAUGUUUUAAAACUUGUAUGACAAUGUUUUUGUUUUUAUGUUGUAAAUAUUUUUGUCGAGGUUUCUUUCUCAUUAAAAAUUGGUGACUGAUAUCUACGUGAUUUAUAUUUCUGAAAUAAAAACUGCGUGCUGAA